AUGGCCCGCGGCAACCAGCGCGACAAGGCCCGCGAGGCCGCUCAGAAGAAGGCAGCUGCCCAGAAGAAGGGCCACAACAUGUCCGGCAGCGAGCUGGCAAAAGCCAAGGAGAUCGCGGCUCAGAAGAUGCGCGAGAAGCAGGCUGCCGCCGACGCAAAGAAGGCCGCCGAAGCCGCCGCCGGAAAGAAAUAA